AUGGAGGGACCACAUAAGUCGUUGUGGUACAAUACCUUGCCAGGUGAUGGCGGCACUCAGGCGGAUGCUGUCUUUUCAGGAAUCUCGACCUUUGGUCGUCUCCCGUACUUCCCAUGUCUCGCUAGCGACGCUGAGAAGUACGAUAUCGCUUUCAUCGGCAAUCCUCAAGACACAAACCCGUUCAAUUUCUGGGGAAAGGUGAUCGAUUGUGGCGAUAUUCCGGUCACUUCCUACGACAACGCAUAUGCUCUCCAGCAAAUCGAGCAUGGCCAUCACACUUUGUUAACCCGUACUCCUGCCACCGCUGGUGAAGAGACAGGUCUUUCAUCCAAGGGCAAGACCCUCCCUCGCCUCAUCACUCUAGGAGGUGAUCACACUAUCACUCUUCCUCUCCUUCGAAGCAUCACACGUGCCUAUGGCCCCAUCGCUGUUCUUCACUUCGAUUCUCACCUCGAUACAUGGAAGCCAAAAGUUUUCGGCGGCAGCCCCUCUAAGCAAGCAUCUAUCAACCACGGAACCUAUUUCUAUCACGCUGCUCAAGAGGGGUUGAUUGCCAACGACUCUUCCAUCCAUGCUGGUAUCCGAACAACUCUGUCUGGUCUCUCAGACUACGACAAUGACGGAUACUGUGGCUUUGAGAGAGUCGAGGCACGUGAAAUCGAUGAGAUCGGUACUGAAGGAAUUAUCAAAAGGAUUGUGGACCGACUAGGCACCAAGAGACCUGUAUAUCUCAGUAUUGAUAUCGACACACUUGACCCAGCCUUCGCUCCUGCCACAGGCACGCCUGAAACAGGUGGCUGGACAACUCGAGAACUUCGGACUAUCAUCCGUGGUCUUCAAGACAUCAACUUUGUUGCAGCCGAUUUGGUUGAAGUCGCUCCAGCAUAUGAUACCAAUGCUGAGUUGACCACGAUGGCCGCUGCCGAUACCUUGUUCGAGGUCAUGAGCUUGAUGGUGCGCAAAGGCCCAUUGACCCUAGAGGCAGCUGACCACAAGGUCUCUGAUCUUGGCAACUGGAAAGGCAGUCAGAUGAAGAAGGAAUUGUAG